GCAGCUCUGCAGCUCCUGCUCAGUGUGCAGCUCCGUUCCCUUCAUCACAGACAGUCCCUGGGGAACAGUAGUGAUGGACCUCAAGGAGUUAUGCCUGAGUGAGAACUUCCAGUUUCUAAACCAGCACACUCUUUUGGAUGCGUCCACCUCUGAUGACCCUCCGUCCCCGACCGAUGCGCCGCUCAAAGCCGCCCCGCUGAGCCCCUCGCUCGGCCUGGACAGCAGCGCGACACCGUUCAGCCCCGGCAGCGCGUCGGACAGCAGCGGCUACAGCGUUUUCUCCGGGAACCCGUCUCUGAACCCCGACUCCCCCGUCAGCUCCAUCUCCAUCUCCAUCUCCAGCAGCAGCGCUGCGGCUCUCUUCCAGCCCGUCGGUCACACAGAGUCCCUGCUGAGCUGCGACUACAUCGCGUCCCUGAACCCCGGGCCCAAGCGCCUGUGCCUGGUGUGCGGAGACUUCGCGUCCGGCUAUCACUACGGCGUCGCGUCGUGUGAGGCGUGCAAGGCCUUCUUCAAAAGAACCAUUCAAGGAAACAUCGAGUACAGCUGUCCGGUGGUGAACGACUGUGAGAUCACUAAGAGACGGAGGAAAUCCUGCCAAGCAUGUCGUUUCCAGAAGUGCCUGCGUGCCGGCAUGAUGAGAGAGGGUGAGCUCCUCUACAAACCGAUCCGAAACAAAGUGAUCUCUCAGCUCCUCGUAUCUGAACCGGCUCCUCUGAGAGCCGCCCCUGACCCCGCGACCCCUGACAGUGACCUUAAAACGCUGCUGACCUUAUGUGACCUUUUGAACAGGGAGCUGCUGGUUAUGAUCGGCUGGGCCAAACACAUCCCAGGUUUCUCUGGCCUCUCGCUGGUGGAUCAGAUGGCGCUGCUCCAGAGCGGCUGGAUGGAGACGCUGGUGCUGAACGUGGUUUGGAGAUCUCAGGGUUCGGCUGACGAGCUUCAGUUUGCGGAGAACCUGCGACUGAACGAGAGCCAGUGUCGAGCCGCAGGACUGCAUGAUCUCUACACGGCUCUGAGAUACCUGACCUCCAAAUACCAGCAGAUGGGCCUCAACCAGGAGGAGGUGCUCACUCUCAAAGCCAUGGCUCUGGCCAACUCAGACGCAGAGAACGUGGAGGGCGCCGAGGCCGUGCAGCGCUUCCAGGACGGGCUCCACGAGGCCCUGCAGGACUACGAGAGCAGCCAGCGUCCGUCCGAGGCUCACCGCGCCGGGCGCCUGCUCAUGACGCUCCCGCUGCUGCGUCAGACGGCGCUCAGAGCCGUGCGCUGCUUCAGCCGGCUGCACAGGGACGGACGCGUGCCCAUGCACAAACUCUUCCUGGAGAUGCUGGACGCCGCGAUCUAGAGCAGGAGGUGUUUUAACCCCUAAAGUGUCACCCCCAUUUCUGAACAUAGACGUGAAAGUGCACUAUCCAAACGACAAUCUGCAGAUCAUUGCAGAAGUGGAACCAUUUCAAAAAGUUAUAGAAGUUUAAAUUACUGUAAAGAAAACACACUGUACCAAUUUUUAUU